CUUCCCUUCCACCCACCUAAUUAUAGAUGGGCCUACUGCCCACAGUUGCAUAAUAGAAACAUACUCUGUGUGUGAAACAUACAUUUUCAUACGAAGCCCUGCCUCUCGCACUUUAAGACACAGCCCGCAGCGGCAGGACGAGAUGCUGAGCAUUGACGUCAGCGCAAGGGCAGCGCUCGAGACGAUUUGAGACGGAGUGAAUGCGCGAGCACUGCAGACACGCACAUACGCAGGAACGGCGGUCCGGAGCAUCCCUCUCUCCUAAUCGACAAAUCCGGACAAAAUCGCCGCUCGACAAAGCGCUUAACUCAACAAAAGUGAACGACGGGGACAGAAAAAGAAAACAGAAAAUAGUUUCUGCCCAAAGCGAAGUGUCAAAAUAAGAAGGCACAGAAGCAGACAGUGCACGCGUUGUAUUUGUUUUCCGAGUGAGGGCGCAGAAUACACGCACCACGCGCCGUUUUCUGGUCAUGGCUCAGUAGAGUCCUUCUCCUCUCCUGCUCCCCCCUUCCUCCCCCUCUCCUACCCCAGCCCCCCCCCCCCCCGCCUUUUUGGCUUAUAAACCCCCUCCGGCAGCCUCCCCGACCCGGCGGUAGAGAUCAUGGCGGCGUCCAAGAGCGGGUACGAGGGGAAGAUGGCGGGCCUGUACGACCUGGACCGCACGCUGGGCAAGGGCCACUUCGCCGUGGUCAAGCUGGCGCGCCACGUCUUCACCGGCCAGCUGGUGGCCGUCAAGGUGAUCGACAAGACCAAGCUGGACGCCGUGGCGACGGGCCACCUGCUCCAGGAGGUGCGCUGCAUGAAGCUGGUGCAGCACCCCAACGUGGUGCGGCUCUACGAGGUCAUCGACACGCAGACGCGCCUCUACCUGAUCCUGGAGCUGGCCGACGGCGGCGACCUGUACGACCUCAUCCUGCGGCACGAGGGCGGCGUGGGCGAGGCCCGCGCCAAGGUGCACUUCGCCCAGAUCGUGCGCGCCAUCUCCUACUGCCACCGGCUGCACGUGGUGCACCGCGACCUCAAGCCCGAGAACGUGGUCUUCUUCCGCCAGCAGGGCACGGUCAAGCUGACCGACUUCGGCUUCAGCAACCACUUCCAGCCGGGCACCAUGCUGAUGACCAGCUGCGGCUCGCUGGCCUACUCCGCCCCCGAGAUCCUGCUGGGGGAGGAGUACGACGCCCCCGCCGUGGAUAUCUGGUCCCUGGGGGUGAUCCUGUACAUGCUGGUGUGUGGGAAGCCCCCCUUUCAGGAGACCAAUGACAGCGAGACCCUCACCAUGAUCAUGGACUGCCGCUACACCGUGCCCCCCCACGUCUCCGCUGACUGCAAGGAUCUGAUCGCGCGCAUGCUGCAGCGGGACCCCUCCCGCCGGGCGUCGCUGGCGGACAUCGAGGAGCACCCCUGGCUGCAGGGCGUGGACCCCUCGCCCUCCCCCGCCGGGCGCGCCUCCGCCCCCCUCACCUCCCACCACAGCCUCACCCCCGAGGAGCACCAGGCCAUCCUGCAGGCCAUGAGCAGCGGGAACAUCGCCGACCGCGACACCAUCCAGGAGGCGCUGGAGGCUAACCAGUACAACCACAUCACCGCCACCUACUACCUGCUGGGGGAGCGGCUCCUGAGAGAGAAGCAGGAGCAGCAGGGCCAGACGGAGACAGACCAUGCCCCAGUACCCAACCUGCUGCAGAGGCCUGUGUCUGCGCCCCUGGAUCUGGAGGAGGGCGGAAGGCGUGACCCUCUCAGCGGCGCCCCCUGCAGGAGCCGGGAGGAGGAACGGACCUUCCUGUUUGAGCGGCCCUCCAGCGCGCUGACGCUACACCCCGCCCCCCCCAGCGAGCUCACACCCAUGAAGACGGUGUGCGCUCUCCAGCAGAUCUUUGAGGAGGAAGAAGAGGAGGAAGAGGAAGAGGAGAAUACCCAGGUCGACCUCCACCAGCAGGAGCGCAGGCAGGAGGACCCAUACCAGGGAGGGGGCGGGCCUACCGUCAAGGUGGGCGGGCCUAUAGUGGCGGAAGGUCAGGUCAGGGGGGAGGGGCCAGAGCAGGAUGUGAGGGAGGAGGAGGAGGAGACACCUGUGCAGGUGAGAAACCUGGCCGUCGACAAGGCGGAGACUGAAGAGUCAGGUGACGUAGAGAGGGCGGGGUUAGACCAUCAGGUGACUGAAGCAGGUGGGGGUGAGGGAGGAGACCUGCCCCAGACAGAAGGGGCGGAGUCUCUCAAUCCAGCAGAGGCUGUGGAGCCCAUGCCCAGCGCAGAAAGCCCCCAGGCCCCGCCCUCUCCAGGGGGGAGUCCUGGCGGUCACCCGGAGGGGGCGGAGCCUCAGGCUGUAGACGGGGACCCCAAAUCCGUGCAGGAGCACAACAACAACACCCUCCCCAACCCGCUGGAGCGCAGCCAGCCGCCCCCCCCGGCCAGCUCCCCCCGCGGCCUGCCCCGCAACCACUGCGUGGACCUGGGCCCCGACGGGGUGGAGGCGCGCCCGGGGGCCCCCGCUCCCGGCCCCCAGGGACCUCAGGGGCCCGGCCGCUGCGGGGGCAAAGAGGCGGGGCCCGCGGGGGGCGAGGCGGGGCCCGAGCCCGCCGCCCGGGCGGAGAGGGGCGGCGGCCCGAAGAACCGAAACGUGAACCUGCGGGACCGCCUGCUGCAGUUCCCGCUCUGCGAGAAGGCCCUGUCCUUCAACAUCCAGCCCACCUCCAAGGAGAAGCUCCUCCCCUUCGCCCAGUACAACUGCUGCCACGUGCUGUAGACCCCGCCCCCCAGGUCCGCCCGUAGCCUACCACUGUAGCCCUGUACUGUAAGCCCCGCCCCCUAUCCCUUUGACCACACGGUUCUCAUAGUUCUGUGUAUGUGGGGGGAGGGGAGGGGGGGGGAGGGGGGUGAUACAGGACACAAAGAACAGUGUAACCCUUGAACUGGUGGGACCUUUGACCUCCUCCCCCUUGUAUUACCCAGAAUUCCUGCUGCUACAUGUACAGUUGUCCACCUCUUGGUCGGAGUAUGGACGUGCCCGUGCCCUCCUUCCAGCCCUGUGAGACGGGAGGUGUUCCUGGCCUACUGAACGCCACCUGAAUGAAGUGUACUGUAGCUUCUCCCUGCGACGCAGACCCUGUACCAUAGCUUUCCUCGCAAUAUAACCGCCCUGCUGUGGAUAAUCUCACUGUUAGCAUGACUGCUACAGAGUGCAUCUCUAUGACAACGCUCCCCCCCCAGACAGAGAGGGGGAGGGGCUUGUUUCAUUGUGAUGUCACAGAUUGUGAUGUCAUGUGUAGAUUUGAAAACCUGUCAUGUCUUGAGUGUUUUAGCAGGACUUUUAACUUUAGACGAACUUUGCUGAACAAAAAAUGAAACGUUACAAAACUGUAACAGCACAAGGACAGCUACAAAGGAGGGAACAACACAAUAUCGACAACAGCAAUGCAGGACUUGCGGAUUCUGUGUAUUAAAUUUUUAUGUUGAAAACUUGAACAUUAACUCCCCCGAAAGGUUCUAUAGAAGCAUCUAAUUAUUUUAAAAAGGCAAAGAGCGCUUAUAGUUUAUGAAGGUUUAUGAUUGUUUAUGCUAGGGCCGGAGGAGAAAUGUUAUUUCAUCUUCCAAUGUUUGUAUGUGGGUUUUGUCUGAGGUUUUUGUGUGAAUGAGGUGGGUUGUUGUAAGGCUCACAUGGUGAAACGGAGCUGAAAUGGGUAGUUUUACACAGAUUGUAGUAAGAGUUACAUUAUCCAAACAGUUGCAGGCACACGAGGGGCAGUUGCGUAUCCAGGCUGUAUAUAUUUUUAUCGCUGAGCUUCAUUUAACCUGCUGUGCCUGCAAUGAGUGAAGGACCUCUUCAGUUUAUUAGAGACAUUAGAAACCGCUUGGAGACCACUUAGAAACCACUUAGAGACUGCUUAGAAAGCACUUAGAGACUGCUUAGAAACUGUUUUUAGACCACUUAGAGAUUGCUUAGAGACCGCUUAGAGACCAGUUAGAGACUACUUGGAGACUGCUUAGAAACCACUUAGAGACUGCUUAGAAACCGCUUAGAGACCUCUGUAUCUCCUGUAGGCAGCGUAUGCGCUAAAUAUAGUCAUGUGCCAAGUGAUGACGUCACCCAAAAUACCGUCACAUCGCAAAGGGACUCCUGCACAAUCUGUGAAGAGCACCAAUACAAAGAGAGGCAUUUUAAUACUACUGAACGUUUCACUGCGUUUGCUCAGUGUAACUCUUUAUAGAUUAUAUUAUAACAAAUGUUAACGUCCAAAAUUUUUAAUCUGAGAAAUUUAACAUUAUUACGCUACUCCGAAAAUAAGUGUUAGGAAACCCGGUGCAAGGAAUGAACGUUCACUUGUUACUCGUCUUCAGUAUGUUUUAAAAUACAUGUGUUAUUAGUGAAAUGCAGAAGACAUUAUUAUUCAGAUAUAUCUGUCACGACACAGGAUGGAUUGUAUCAGGUGUCACAUGAAAUAAGCUUCCCGUUUUGUUUUUUGUUUCUAUGGUGCAACGGUGACUCGUGUGGCCGCGAAUGAGGACGGGGUGCGAUAGCGACCGUGUGUGGACACGCUAACGUCAGCGGAGGGCACGGGUGCGCUACCCAACGGGCAGAGUUUUCUUUAUUUAAAUGAACAAACAGCACAAUUACCUCAACAGAACUGACACAACCAAAAAAAAAAAGAGAGAGAGAGA